GCAGGCGGGCGGGCCGGGAGGGAGGAGGCGCGCGGGCGGCGGCGGCGGCGAGAGCAGAGGACGAGCCGGGACGCGGCGCCGCGGCACCAGGGCGCGCAGCCGGGCCGGCGCGACCCGACCCGCCACACGGUGGAGCCAUCAGAAGCCCGAACCCACAAGAAAACUGAGGCAGGUCUCACCAGCGGAAUCAACACCAAGCUCUAUGUUUAAGUUUUAACUCCUGCUUACUAAGACCACGAUAAUUCCUUCCCCAAAGCCCAAAAGUCCCCCAGCCCCGCGCAGCCCCAGCCUGCCGCCCACCGCCCAGCUGCCCGCAAUGCCCUCCAGUGGCCCUGGGGACAGCUCCGCUCCGGAGCGGGAAGAGGAUCGAAAGGAAGGAGAGGAGCAGGAGGAGCCUCGAAGCAAGGAGGAGCGCCAGGAGCCCAGCGCCACAGCCCGGAAGGUGGGGAGGCCCGGCCGAAAGCGCAAGCACCCCCCGGUGGAAAGCAGUGACACACCCAAGGAGCCUGCGGUGACCUCCAAGUCCCCAUCUAUGGCCCAGGACUCAGGCUCCUCAGAGCUGUUACCCAAUGGGGACUUGGAGAAGCGGAGUGAGCCCCAACCAGAGGAGGGGAGCCCCGCUGGGGGGCAGAAAGGUGGGGCCCCAGCUGAAGGAGAGGGUACAGCUGAGACCCCACCGGAGGCCUCCAGAGCAGUGGAAAACGGCUGCUGUGCACCCAAGGAAGGCCGAGGCGCCUCUGCAGAAGAGGGCAAAGAACAGAAGGAGACCAACAUCGAAUCUGUGAAAACGGAGGGCUCCCGGGGCCGGCUGCGGGGUGGCUUGGGCUGGGAGUCCAGCCUCCGCCAGCGGCCCAUGCCGCGCCUCACCUUCCAAGCUGGGGACCCCUACUACAUCAGCAAGCGCAAGCGGGACGAGUGGCUGGCACGCUGGAAAAGGGAGGCUGAGAAGAAAGCCAAGGUGAUUGCAGUAAUGAAUGCUGUCGAAGAGAACCCAGCCUCUGGGGACUCUCAGAAGGUGGAGGAGGCCAGCCCUCCUGCCGUGCAGCAGCCCACUGACCCGGCGUCCCCCACUGUGGCCACCACACCUGAGCCCGUGGGGGCCGAUGCUGGGGACAAGAAUGCCACCAAAGCAGCUGACGACGAGCCGGAAUAUGAGGACGGCCGGGGCUUUGGCAUUGGGGAGCUGGUGUGGGGGAAACUGCGGGGCUUCUCCUGGUGGCCAGGCCGAAUUGUGUCUUGGUGGAUGACGGGCCGGAGUCGAGCCGCUGAAGGCACCCGCUGGGUCAUGUGGUUUGGAGACGGCAAGUUCUCGGUGGUGUGCGUUGAGAAGCUGAUGCCGCUGAGCUCCUUCUGCAGCGCCUUUCACCAGGCCACCUACAACAAGCAGCCCAUGUACCGCAAGGCCAUCUAUGAAGUGCUGCAGGUGGCCAGCAGCCGUGCGGGGAAGCUGUUCCCAGCUUGCCAUGACAGUGACGAGAGUGACACUGCUAAGGCUGUGGAGGUGCAGAAUAAGCAGAUGAUCGAAUGGGCCCUUGGAGGGUUCCAGCCCUCUGGCCCCAAGGGCCUGGAGCCACCGGAAGAGGAGAAGAAUCCCUACAAAGAAGUUUACACAGACAUGUGGGUUGAGCCUGAGGCAGCUGCAUAUGCACCCCCUCCUCCAGCCAAAAAGCCACGGAAGAGCACAACAGAGAAACCCAAGGUUAAGGAGAUCAUUGAUGAACGCACAAGAGAGCGGCUGGUGUACGAGGUGCGGCAGAAGUGCCGGAACAUCGAGGACAUUUGCAUCUCAUGUGGAAGCCUCAACGUCACCUUGGAGCACCCUCUCUUCAUUGGUGGAAUGUGCCAGAACUGCAAGAACUGCUUCCUGGAGUGUGCAUACCAGUACGACGACGAUGGCUACCAGUCCUACUGCACCAUCUGCUGCGGGGGUCGCGAGGUGCUCAUGUGUGGGAACAACAACUGCUGCAGGUGCUUUUGCGUGGAGUGUGUGGAUCUCUUGGUGGGGCCAGGGGCUGCCCAGGCAGCCAUCAAGGAAGACCCCUGGAACUGCUACAUGUGCGGGCACAAGGGCACCUACGGGCUGCUGCGGCGGCGGGAAGACUGGCCGUCUCGGCUCCAGAUGUUCUUUGCCAAUAACCAUGACCAGGAAUUUGACCCUCCGAAGGUUUAUCCACCUGUCCCAGCCGAGAAGAGGAAGCCCAUCAGGGUGCUGUCUCUGUUUGAUGGAAUUGCUACUGGGCUCCUGGUGCUGAAGGACCUGGGCAUCCAGGUGGACCGCUACAUUGCCUCCGAGGUGUGUGAGGACUCCAUUACCGUGGGCAUGGUGCGGCACCAGGGGAAGAUCAUGUACGUCGGGGAUGUCCGCAGCGUCACGCAGAAGCACAUCCAGGAGUGGGGCCCAUUCGAUCUGGUGAUUGGGGGCAGCCCCUGCAAUGACCUCUCCAUCGUCAACCCCGCUCGCAAGGGACUCUAUGAGGGCACGGGCCGGCUCUUCUUUGAGUUCUACCGCCUCCUGCAUGAUGCGAGGCCCAAAGAGGGAGAUGACCGCCCCUUCUUCUGGCUCUUUGAGAAUGUGGUGGCCAUGGGCGUUAGUGACAAGAGGGACAUCUCGCGAUUUCUCGAGUCCAACCCUGUGAUGAUCGAUGCCAAAGAAGUGUCUGCUGCACACAGAGCCCGCUACUUCUGGGGUAACCUUCCCGGUAUGAACAGGCCGUUGGCAUCCACUGUGAACGAUAAGCUGGAGCUGCAGGAGUGCCUGGAACAUGGCAGAAUAGCUAAGUUCAGCAAAGUGAGGACCAUUACUACUAGGUCAAACUCCAUAAAGCAGGGCAAAGACCAGCAUUUCCCCGUCUUCAUGAAUGAGAAAGAGGACAUCCUAUGGUGCACUGAAAUGGAAAGGGUGUUUGGCUUCCCUGUCCACUAUACCGACGUCUCCAACAUGAGCCGCCUGGCGAGGCAGAGACUGCUGGGCCGGUCCUGGAGCGUGCCAGUCAUCCGCCACCUCUUUGCUCCACUGAAGGAAUAUUUUGCUUGUGUGUAAGGGACAUAGGGGCAAACUGAGGUAGUGACACAAAGUUAAACAAACAAACAAAAAAACACAAAAUACAAUAAAACACCAAGAACAUGAGGAUGGAGAGAAGUAUCAGCACCCAGAAGAGAAAAAGGAAUUUAAAACAAAAACCACAGAGGUGGAAAUACCGGAGGGCUUUGCCUUGCAAAAAGGGUCGGACAUCAUCUCCUGAUUUUUCAAUGUUAAUCUUCAGUCCUAUUUAAAAAGCAAAACCAAGCCCCCUCCCUGCUCUCCCCCCCUUUUUGGGUCAAACCUUUUGUUUUCUAGUCUUUCAGAGGGGUUUUCUGUUUGUUUGGGUUUUUGUUUCUUGCUGUGACAAGAGCGUUAUUGCAACAAAAAUGAGUAACCAGUGGUAAUGAUGCCUAGCAGAGGGAAGGCCAGAGAGAUGAGCAAAGGAAAUUUUAGAAAUCUAUAUAUUGGGUAUUUUUCUUUUUACUAUAUAUCUUUUUGUUGUUGUUGUCUCUAGCCUGAUCAGAUAGGAGCACAAGCAGGGGCAGAAAAUCAGACGCUCGGCGGCCGAGCUCCCUCCCCGCCUCCGAGCGUCCUACCAGCACCAUUCCUGGUCAUGCAAACAGAACCCAGCUAGCAGCAGGGAGAUGAGAUCACCACACAAGAUACUUUUCUACAGUAUUUCAGGUGCCUACCACACAGGAAACCUUGAAGAAAACCAGUUUCUAGAAGCCGCUGUUACCUCUUGUUUACAGUUUAUAUAUAUAUGAUAGAUAUGAGAUAUAUAUAUAAAAGGUACUGUUAACUACUGUACAACCUGACUUCAUAAUGGUGCUUUAAAACAGCGAGAUGAGUAAAAACAUCAGCUUCCAUCUGGCCUUAUGUGCGAAGGGUUUUAACCAAGGAUGGGGAAAGGGAUUCGGCUUGAAGACACGGUGUGCUGUCAGGCGGGGUUCCCCCUUGGUUUUUAAUAAGCUGAAGGAGGGGAAUCGAGUUGUGUUCCCCCCGCUUCUCUCCCUGCCAAAAAAGGGGAUGGGCUGAGGUGGUCAGGACCUGGGAAGCUGAGCAUCUGUGCUCAUGCGGUAACCUUUGAGAUCUUUCAGAAAGGAGACUCCCUUGGCGAGAUGGCAGGGGAAGAAGUCUUCGUUUCCGAUUUCUGGUGUUAGCAGAGUUGAGGGCUCCUUGUGGUGGGAUCAGAAGUAAUCCAGAGUGUGGGACAGUGACAGUUACAAACCCCACCUGGAGCAAAUAAAAAAACAUACAAAACGUA